CAUGACGACCAAAACAUAAAUUCCUUGUAAUGUAGGCAGCAGCAAAGAGAGAGGGAGGAAGAUAUAUACUUGAGUGAGUAGUAGCUGUGCGGGAGAUGGCACGGGGAACGUCGACGCCGUUCCUUCCGACGGCGGCGGCGGAGGAGACGACGGUGCGGGCGAGCUUCGUGCGGGACGAGGACGAGCGGCCGAAGGUGGCGUACAACGAGUUCAGCGGCGACAUCCCGGUGAUAUCGCUGGCGGGGAUCGACGGCGACGGCGGGGGACGGAGGGCGGAGAUAUGCCGGCGGAUCGUGGCGGCGUGCGAGGACUGGGGGAUAUUCCAGGUGGUCGACCACGGCGUCGACGCCGCCCUCGUCGCCCACAUGACCGCCCUCGCCAGGGACUUCUUCGCGCUGCCGCCGGACGACAAGCUCCGCUUCGACAUGUCCGGCGGCAAGAAGGGCGGAUUCAUCGUCUCCAGCCAUCUUCAGGGAGAAGCAGUGCAGGACUGGAGGGAGAUUGUGACUUUCUUCUCAUAUCCGGUUCGGGCCCGGGACUACUCAAGGUGGCCGGACAAGCCCGAGGGGUGGCGGGCCGUCGUGGAGUCGUACAGCGAGAAGCUGAUGGGCCUGGCCUGCAAGCUCCUGGGGGUGCUGUCGGAGGCGAUGGGCCUCGACCGGGAGGCGCUGACCAGCGCCUGCGUGGACAUGGAUCAGAAAGUUGUGGUGAACUUCUAUCCCAAGUGCCCGCAGCCCGACCUCACGCUCGGCCUCAAGCGGCACACCGACCCCGGAACUAUCACACUCCUUCUGCAGGACCAGGUCGGCGGCCUGCAGGCCACCAAGGAUGGCGGCAAGACGUGGAUAACCGUCCAGCCUGUCGAGGGCGCUUUCGUCGUCAACCUCGGGGACCAUGGCCAUUAUCUGAGCAACGGUCGGUUCAAGAACGCCGACCACCAGGCGGUGGUGAACUCAAACUGCAGCAGGCUGUCGAUCGCGACGUUCCAGAACCCGGCCCCAGAGGCAAUCGUCUACCCGCUGGCCAUUCGGGAGGGCGAAGAGCCCGUGCUCGACGAGCCCAUCACCUUCGCGGAGAUGUACCGUCGGAAGAUGAGCCGCGAUCUCGAGCUCGCCAGGCUCAAGAAGCUCGCGAAAUUGGAGCAGCAGCAGCAGCAGUCGGAUCAUGCAUUGGAGAAGGGCAAGGAGAUUGAAUCACAACCCAAAUCUCUCAAUGAAAUCUUGGCUUAAUUACAAUCCAGCCACUCCAUUUUUAUGCAUGAACAGAUUAUAUACGUCUAGUACUUCCUCUAUAUAUUGGCAGCUAUAGAACUCAUGAGUAGUAGUUCAUCUAUCAAUCCCUGCGCAAUGCGUGUGCUCUAUUAAUGCAAUGUUAAUAAGUUUGUUGUGUCACAACAUGCACUUCAUCUUAGUUGUGAGUAGAA